AUGGCGACCGAUGCCGCAUCAGCCCCUCAUUCCCUUACCUUUCCUCGAGGCAUCUUCGCCAAACUCUCUCCGCACCCUUACCUUUUGCGGACUCUCUGCCCGGAUCCCUCAAACAGCAGCAGCACUCCUCAGAGAACCAAUGGACGCCGCCCCAACGAGGCCAGACCUUUUCGAGUUAACUUGGGCUCCCUCUCUCAUGCUCAUGGCAGUGCCCUGGUCCGUGCUGGAGACACGACUGUACUCUGUGGUGUCCGCGGUGAGGUGCUGCCUGUCGAGCGAAUUCCUUUGUUUCGACAGCCGGAUGUAAAUGGCAGUGGAAUUGGUGCUACCGUCGGAAGAGGGGAACUGAAGGAAUAUGAUUUGUUAGUACCGAACAUCGAGCUCGCAACAGGUUCAGCUCCUCAGUUCCUCCCAGGUGUUCCCCCUACAGCGCUAGCGCAGACACUAUCCACACGGGUGUACUCACUGCUGCAUUCAACGAGGCUGGUGAGCGCAGAGGAACUAAGGAUCUGGUAUCGUCCAGUUGCAACAAACAGAAGCAAAGAAGGUGAAGACGUGGAAAUGGAAGAGGAAUGUCAAGAAGAAAGUGGAGAGGAACAGGACAGAGUGGUGGCGUACUGGGUUCUGUAUAUUGACUUGGUGUUCUUGUCCUUUGAUGGGAACCCUUUUGACGUGGCAUGGGCGGCAGUGGUUGCCGCACUCCGUGACACCAAGCUGCCGGUUGCGCGGUGGGACCCCGAUAGGGAAAUGGUUGUCUGCUCGAAGACUGAAACGAUGAAGCUUACGAUCAAGGGUUUGCCCAUUGCCUGCAGUGCGGCGGUCUUCUUGGAGAAGGAGCACGGCGAAGUCGCGGUUGGUGAGAAAAACCGUCACUGGAUCCUUUUGGACCCUGACCGUUUGGAGGAGAGCUUAUGCAAGGAGGUGAUUACAAUGGUUGUGGACUUCAGUGAUGGCGAGACGAGAAUAAGGGCCAUCGAAAAACAGGGCGGCACCGUAUUUGGGAGGGAGCUCAUCCGCAGCUUUGCUUUGGUGGCUGAAGACAGGUGGAAGGUCGUCAAGGAGGUGAUGAAGUGA